AUUCAGCACAUUUUGUAACUUUUAUAUUUCCCAUUAUUAAAUUCCCAAUUGCAAACUCCAUAGCAUUCGCAUAUAUUAAGCAGCUCAAAAAUAAAACAAACAAAUAUCAAAUAAUAAUAAAAACAAAUUUUAAGCAAUGUGCGGCCGAACAUGUUUAACACUUGCUCCUGACCAAAUCUUACAUGCUUGUAAGUACAGAAGGUACAACUCCGAUACUGGAGAUGGAGAAGAUAAGAUGGAACAUUUAAAGGAACCCGAAUGGAGGUCCGAGUUUAACUGCGGCAAGAAAUUUCAACCUUCCCACAACAUUGCACCGACCGACGUUACACCAGUCAUUGUCUCAGGAGAACAUUUUCGAAGUGCUGAUGAAAGUGAUUGUCCAGAAAGAGUUGUUGUUCCUAUGAUGUGGGGAAUGAUACCUUUUUGGCAUAAGGGGGACUACCGCAAACACGGGUUAACCACAAACAACUGUCGUCUUGAGCACAUGCUGGAAUCAAAAUUAUACCGCGGACCAUUUCAAAAAGGACAGCGUUGUGUAAUUGUGUGUGAAGGCUUUUACGAGUGGCAGACUACAAAAACCUCGAAACCCUCCACAAGAGAAGCUUAUUAUCUAUACAUGCCUCAACUCGAUGGGAUCAAGAUAUAUGAUAGUAGCACUUUUUCCGAAAACAAUGUGGACCUCUUGAAAUUGGCUGGACUUUUCGAUAUUUGGGAGGAUGAUAAUGGUGAUAAAAUGUUCAGCUAUGCUGUAAUUACAUUUGAAUCUACAAAAGUGAUGUCCUGGUUGCAUCAUAGAAUGCCUGCAAUUCUAGAAACAGAAAAGCAAGUAAAUGAUUGGCUAAAUUUUAAGCAUGUGUCAGAAAAAGAAGCCUUAGCUGCUUUAAGACCAGCUACUAAACUCGAAUGGCACCGAGUUUCUAACUUGGUAAAUAACUCUCGCAAUAAAUCAGAACAUUGCAAUAAACCAAUUGAAUUAUGUCCAAAAAAACAAAUUCCUACUAAUAAUCUAACAAAAUGGCUUGUCCGAAGAAAACGUGAAGAGGAUAUUGAAGCAGAAAGCGACAAAGAGGAAGAUGAGCAGGAAACACCAUCAAAACGUCCGAGGAUAAAACGAAAAAUCAGUGAAGAGGAAUCAAGUGGUGAAAAGUAAAUCUAAGUUUUUUAUAUAAGACAUUUCCAGGUUUUGAAUAAAUGUUCUAUUGAACGACUUCAGAAGUUUGAAGAAUGAAA